AUGAACCCGAAAAACAACCUGGAACACGACCUGUCAUUGGAAACGCCCGCGAGCAGUCAGCCACAGCGCCAUCACGGCAAGAGCAAAUGUAAUGCUUUGGGCGCACGUCCGGCCAGCGACACUAGCACUGCUAUGUCCACCGCCAAAGCCAUCGCAAAGGCUCCGGUCACAUUUGCCGCCACGCAUCCUAAAUUUAUGAAGAGGUACGCUCUACCUCUUGCCUUGACUACACUGUCCGGACCUCUCCUUUCCAUCCUUCCGCUGGGCCCGCUUGGCCCGAUACUGGCGUUCGUAGCUGUGGCGUGGGGGCGCUUCAAGAUCAGGCAAGUCUUUAUGGGUGGCGGGUACACGCUGCUGCACGCGACGGGGAUGGCGGGGGUGCAAGGCCAGGCGCUGAGCCUGUUGGGAAUCGUGGGGCUCGAGGCAACAGGCUCACAGAGAUUACGUGACACGGCUGUCGAAGCUAUAGUGGAGUCCAAUGUAGGAAUCCGCGCACAGAUCGUUGGACUUGCGAUCGCUGUCCUGUCCAGUACGACGAGCAGAUUCGGUGCGCUGGGCUCUAUGCUGGGGUCCCGUAGCAUGAGCUUGCUCUUCAACGAGCUACGCUCGUUCGCGAUAUUCCAUGGGCUCAGAUGGGCGGCUACGAACUUACAAGGGCUGUGGCUAACAUUGUGCGCUUCCAGCGAUGUUGUGAAGGCUUCGUUUCUAAGUCAUUUGCUUCAGCAGAAGGAUGGCAAGAAGUGUGUCCAGGUCGACGACAACAAGCGAAUGCAGUGGGCUUGCGACACACUGGAGAAGGUGGCCACCCAGAUACCGCAGUUUCCGGUAGAGGCAGUUGCGCCGGAACUCGCGGCCAUCUUAAAAGCGUGGGAUCAGGAGAAGGGCCUGGAAAUGGCCAGCCGUGAGGCCUUCGAUGAGUGGGUUGAAAUAGACCGCAACGACAAUAACCUAUGGGCCUCCAUCUCCUACAACAAGUACGAAAACAUGGCGUCCUCGACCGCAGAUCUCGCCGAAUACGCGGACAAGCCCACUUUCGAAGACUUCAGCCAUCACCGUUCCCGCCUAGCAUACCAUGAAUGGACCACCCCCGAAGACUUUAGCCAUCGUCGCUCUCAAGCGGAAAACGCACAGGAUCUGGAGCGGGUCGCCCGACAGACAUUUGAAAAGUCAGGGAUGAGCGCAGAGCGUAUCCAUACUGCUCUUGGCGAGAUUGGGUUGAAGGACCGGCCUUGGCGGAUGGAGGUGGAGGAGAUGCAUAGCGAGGAGGACGAUGAUGAUGAUGAUAGCAUCGAGGUUAUUGACCUUGGAGACCUUUGA